CUUGUGGUCGGAGGAGAAGGAAACUGGAAAAGGCCGACUUUCUUUCCACGAUUGGCAGCUACCAUCCAGAUCGCAUAUCCUUUUAUCAAUUCAUAGACCGCAGAAGAAGCUGCCGUCCAACUGUUUGUUUUAAUUUCUCUCUUUCUAUAGGAUGGAGCUUAGUGACUCUACUAGCCUGAGUUACUGGUUGACCUGGAAGUUCCUUUUCUGUUUACUAUCGGUCUUAGCCUCCGUGAUUACAGCGUCAUUCCUGAUAUGGAAGUAUGAAGGUUCAGACAACACAGAAAGGGCUUAUAAUGGUGAAGAAUGGAUGCCAUGUUGGAAGGGACUAAACCCUGUUUGGUUAAUGGCUUUCAGGAUCAUUGCAUUUUGUUUGAUUUUAGCUGCUUUCAUUGCUGAUGUCGCUACUCAUGGAACCAACUUAUUCUACUAUUAUACUCAGUGGACUUUGAUGUUGACGACCAUCUAUUUUCUGUUUGGAUCGCUGCUAUCGGCAUGUGGGUGUUUCUGGAAAGACAAGAUAUUCAAUGCUCGUAGCAUAGAUAUAGAAGCCGAGCAAGGGAUUCAUGUGUCUCUCAUCCACGCAGGAAAGGAAAAGGCUGCGAGUCAGCAGGGGGAAUGUUAUUUCUUGCAAAAAGCUCGCUUUUGGGGCCACAUAUUUCAAAUUAUAUACCAGAUGACUGCUGGGGCAGUGAUGCUGACUGAUGGUGUUUAUUGGAUUGCAAUAUUCCCAUUCCUUACGCUUGUCGACUAUGAAAUGGGUUUUUUAACAGUUGUUGUGCAUUCACUUAAUCUUGUUAUGCUGCUAGGAGACACAGCCAUGAAUAGAUUGCGCUUCCCGUGGUUCCGGAUUUCGUAUUUCAUCUUGUUUACUGCGUUGUAUGUGAUAUUUGAGUGGAUUGUUCAUGCCUGUGUUGUAACUUGGUGGCCAUACCCAUUUCUUAAUGUAUCACAGCCAAAUGCUCCAAUCUGGUACUGGGUGGUGGCAGCAUUGCAUCUUCCAUGCUACGCCGUGUUCUUGCUCUUGGUGAAAUUGAAGUACUUCAUCUUGUCUCGAUGGUUUCCUGAGUCGUCUGAAUGUUUGAGAUGACGUCUUUCGACUUCGGCGGUGGAUUAUGAAAGGUUGCAAAUGGAAGAGGUGGGGUGAGGUGAGGUUAAUUCUUCAUGAUAUGCUAAUUUCAUACUCAUUGACCGAUUUAAGAAUCAUUUAUAAUUUUAGGACGUGGGAGUGAAAGUCGUAUUUUCCUACUUGUCAUGUGAUAGAUUUAAUUUCCAAAUGGUUAUUUGAAAGGUGGAAUCACCUCGUAAUCAAUGAUACGUGCUUC